AUGAGGUAUUAUGUCAAAAAAUUUCACUUGACGAAAAUUGCCAAUGGGGUCAACAAGGUGGUGCGGGAAUACAAAGUGGAAGAUAAUAGGAAAGUGAUCACUGUCACCCAAAUCCGGAGACAGACCAAGUGUAAUCAAAGUGCAAUUGGUACGGGUGGAGCAGAUAGAAAGUUUAAUGCAAGAGAGACACUGAGUGCAGGUCCUUCACAACUCAUCCCAUUAACAGAAUAUUUGCCCAACUCAAUUUUCAAUUGUACCCAAGGAACAAUCUUUGAUAAUUCUAUUAACUCAUGUGCAAUCCCACUCAAAUCUGUUGAUGAAGGAAUCACAGGUUACCGGGAUGAUAGCUUGGAGACAGUUCAGCGAAAUGAACAACAGUAUGAAAUCCCUCUCAAGAUAGUCUCUUAUGAGGAGUUGUAUGGAUGGACAAUGGACCGUAUUGUAAAGAAGAUUGGCCGAAAAAGUAAUUGCACAUUUUGUGGUGUGUUUAGAAGACAAGCAUUGGACCGAGGAGCAAGUUUACUGAAGGUUGAUAAAAUUGUGACUGGACACAAUGCUGAUGAUAUUGCUGAGACAGUCUUAAUGAAUAUUCUGCGAGGUGACAUUGCCAGACUUCAACGGUGUACUGCAAUAGUAACUGGUUCUGAAGGUGCAAUCCCAAGAUCCAAGCCAUUUAAGUAUACAUAUGAGAAGGAGAUUGUUAUGUAUGCAUAUUUUAAGAAGCUGGAUUAUUUCUCCACUGAAUGCAUUUAUUCACCAAAUACUUAUCGUGGGUAUGCCAGAGCAUUCCUGAAGGAUUUGGAAAAGAUUAGGCCAACUUCCAUCAUUGAUAUUAUCCAUUCAGGUGAGUGCUUCUCUGUGCGUGAGGGAGUUAAAUUUCCAACUCAAGCAACAUGUGAACGUUGUGGCCACAUUUCUUCCCAGUCAGUAUGUAAAGCUUGUGUUCUCCUUGAGGGCCUUAACAAGGGCAAGCCAAGACUUGGCAUUGGUAAAACUUCUAAGGCCCGAGAACAUAUGGAGGAACUUGCACUCAGGAAGCCUGAAAAUGAAUGCACACAUGACUGUCAAACAUCUGUCAUUGAUUUAGACAGGUUCAAUCUUCAUGUUAAAAAUACAAAUUUGGAAUUUUGAUGACUGUUGAUUAUA